AAUGCAGAGGCGCACAGAAGAGCUGCAGCAGAUCGGACACACACUUGAGCCUCAUCACACACUGCACACACACACACACACACACUUCUCUCCUCUGUGCUCCUCUGCUAAACCAAGAGCUGUGGAGCAUCCUGCGAUCUCUCUGAUCAUGGAACAUAGUCUAAUGCCGCGCUCUUUAUGGACCAACGACAGCAAAUUUCUCCACCAUCAUGUCCCUGAUUUCUUCACCAGUGUCCAGGUUACACAGGACAUACCAGCAGGAGUGUCUUUCGGUCCUUGUGUGCUUCAUAACACUUUUUAUGACACAAUAGCGUUCAUCGCCUUGAAGUCGUUUGACAGAGGAGGAAAAGCCUACGUGUUUAGAGUAGAUCCGGAUGCAUUAAAGAGUUCUCCGUUAGUGGUUCCCUGGCUCAGGUUGGUGCAGGCUGCAAUGGACGCAGAAGAGCAGAACACUGAGGCCUAUCUGAAGGGCGGUCAGCUGUAUUUCCGCACUGUCCGAGAUAUUAGCCAAGGGGAGGAACUGCUCGUCUGGUACGACGAAGAACUGUCUCAUCUUUUGGGCUUUAGCGACAUUAAAACCAAGGCCCUGACAGAUGGUUACUCGUGUGGGAAGUGCGGACUGGCGUUCAAGCACGAAAACCCUUUUCUAGCUCACUGUCGCUUUUUAUGCGCGCAAGUUAAAGUGGACACAUUGCGAGGAGACAGCGAAGAGAAAAACGCUGAAACACGGCGACAGCGCAGUGUCACUGACUUUCACAACAUCGCAAGGGACAUAGAACAUAAAAAGUCGGGCUCGUCAGAGGAUCGGAAAAGAAGGCACGACGAAGCUUUGAGUCCGAAAUGCAAAAAACCUGUUUUGUUGGAGAAAAAAAACAUGGCCAAUCAUAACAACAUGGCACACGUCCACAAAUACUAUCCCAAUGAACAUGAUUUUACGGAACCGACCAUGAAAGUCUCCAGUUCUCCAACUUCUCCAAAGUCAAAAAGCGCCAAAAGCAGUGCGUUUGUGGAGACCAAGAAAGCGAAAUCGGAACAGCCGACCAAGACAGAGGAUAUAACACGGGAAAACCCAUCGGUUUCGACUUUACAACUGGACAGAGAGGCUGCUUUGGGCCUUCAGUCCAACUCCAGCGCCUUUUUGCUUUGGAGUGCGCAUGCGGAGCAAAAGAGCGCUUUCUGCAAACCCAACAAGCUCAGCAUCACUGAGGACCAGCAGCAUCAGAGACCACUUGGCCUUUCGGAUGAUGUUUCAGAACAGACAGCUUUGGGAUAUAGAAGUAUGCUGUCGUCUCAUUUGUUUCAAGGCGACCUGCACAACACACAAACAGUCUCUCCGGCUCCCAUUAGCGCUCCCGGCUCCUUUCAUUACGCACCGGAUGUGUGGUGCCGGAACAUCAGUGGUCCUUUACAGCCCACCUCUUCUCUCAGUCUUCUUCCUCCUACUCUCAGCUCUAUGGCCGUGACGGUGCAGAACUGGUGCGCUAAGUGCAACCUCUCAUUCCGGAUGACUUCGGACUUAGUGUUUCACAUGCGCUCGCACCACAAGAAAGAGUUCGCCGCCGAGGCUCAGGGUCGGAGGAGACGAGAGGAGAAACUCACCUGCCCGAUCUGUCAUGAAUACUUCCGCGAACGUCAUCAUCUCUCGCGUCACAUGACUUCACACAACUGAACGAGGGACUAAAAACAAGUGUAUUUCAUACUAUCAGGUCAAGCAAAAAUGAUAGAGACAUAAUAGAGAUUAAUGACUAGGACAAGUAGCUGUUCAUGAAUGUCAACAAGCCAAAUGACACAAUGAGACCUAAAAACAGUAAUGUCAAAGUUGAAGCAGCUCAUAAUCUAACAUAAGACCAACUAAGACCAAAAUAGCUUACAGUAACAUUUUAAUAUAUCAUUUAGACCCCUGAUUAACAUGAAGUGCUAGGUAAUUAAUUAAUUAAUUAAUAAUUAAAUGGGAUACAAAUUAAAAAUCAUCAGACUAAUGUAAUUAUUUACCGACGUGUUAUUUUUCCCCUGUGGUGAAAAUUCUGUGUUCAUUAAUGACUUUCUGUGUGUGCCACUAAUCUCCACAAGAUGUCCGCAGAACUCCACAGAAUUUUCAGUCAGCAUCUCAUGACCUAAGUUUUCUAUCAGUUUUUCUAUCCAGUGUAUCUGGGUGAUUGAAAUGAGAAAGCAAAAAACAUAAUAUUAAUGUCACUAUGGUUGUGAUUAAUAUUGAGUUACAGCCGGAAGUGCCUUACAAAGCUCAGGUUUGAAAAUAUAGCUCUACGAAUAGACAUUUCACUAACUUUAAAUUGCUAGCAGCCGGACUAAUCCAUGAGUAGGGCUUAUUUAGUUGUUGUUGUUGUUGUUGUUUUGUUUUGUUUUUAUUUCUUGCACUACAGUUAAAGUACUAAUUUCUUUCUUAUCUAGGCUAUAGGGCAUGUUCAGUUAUUCAUUAUUUUAAAGUCACCACAAAGGACAAAAAUAUGUAUUUAUCUGCAAAUUUAUUGGGAAAAAUGGUAUAGCCUUUAUAUAUUUGGUGAUGCAUAAUAUCAGUAAAGGUUCUAGUUUAAAGACUGCAACCUGCAACAUGUUUGGCUUGGCUUUUAUUUUUAAUUGUCAUUAAAAAUAAUUAAUUGUAGUUGUUCAGUACUUAUUGGAUUAAUCCUAUAAGGAUUAUACGAUAUUUUAAGUGAAUUGUUAAGAAAAGGCUGUCAAAGUAAAAAAGCUAGAUCAUUGCUUAUGGAUAGAUGUUAGAUUAGUAUACAUAAUGCAUUUUAAUAGAUUAUGCACUAUAAUAAUAAUAAUAAUAAUAAUAAUAAUAAUAAUAAUAAUAGUACUGAGCUUACCUAGAAUUCAUUUACUUAAGAAAUGUUCCUUUGGUUCAUGCUUCUUCUUUAUUGAAGGUUUAAAACAAUAAAGUAGGGUUUUAUUUUUUAAUGAUUAUGGCUUAUCAUAUAACUUUUGUCAUAUCUCAUGGUCGACAUGAAAAGACACUAACAUUAGCCACUGUAAUUUAACUGAACUGUGAUUGGAAAGGGUAUAUAUUUUGGAGACCAUUGCAGGAAGAACAAAAUUGUAGAUGUUCACAAAUUGUGCUCAUCUAUUUCCUAUGAUAUUGUAUUCUUCAUGUUCCAGGGGGAUACACACUGAAGUGAUCACAUGGGAUUUAGGAAAUAAAAUUUGUAAUCAUUAUAGUAUUUUAACAUACUCUAAAUAUAGGCUAAUAUCAUUCUACUGACACUGAUGUGUUGGAAAUAAAUCUCGUCUCGGUGGUUGAUGUUUCUCAAAAAUGAACUGAUAUUGCUUUUCUUUUUCUCUUUUGAUGAUUAUUAGAUAUUAGAUGAAGCAGUAUGCAUUCUCAAAAAUUAUUGGAAACUGGGGAAAUGGACCAGAAGAUAAACAAGAAAUGAUCUUUUGAGUUAUUCAAAGACUUAAGUCAGUUAUAUACGGCUUACAAAUUCAUGCUUCCUUAUGCUAAGUAGGGUGUUGCCUACUUGCGCUCAGUGUCAAAGGAAUUAAUAUUUGUGUGAGUUUGUGUGUAAAUGUAUGGGGGGGAAAUACUACUAUAAUAUUUUCUUGAAUAAAAGUCGAUUUAUCAGUUA